AAACCAAGCUUCUUUCCAUCUCGUUGCCGCAGAUCAAACUUUCCUAUUCCUCGGAUAAACCUCUCCUUCUGAGGCGGCGAAACAGAGGAACAAACCUCACAAACCAACAAAAAAGUUUCAACCUUUAUCUUGUCUGUUCUAUCUCUCUCUCUCUCUUCCAAGAAUGGCUCGUUCUCUCUCUAACGUUAAGUUCGUAUCUGCUUUCGUCUCUCAAGAACUCUCAAAUGCAAUCUUCCGACGUGGUUAUGCGGCUACGGCGGCGCAGUCGAGCACUGGAAAAGGUAGAGCCGUUGUUUCGGCGGUGAUGAAGAAGGGAGUGGAAGAAUCGAACAAGAAGAUUUCCUGGAUUCCUGAUCCCAAAACCGGUUAUUACAGACCGGAAACCGGUUCCAACGAGAUUGACCCAGCGGAGCUACGAGCAGCUCUCUUAGACAAAAAACAGUGAUUGAUUAAUUUAGAAGAUGGUCUUUUUGAUUAAUUAUUUGAUGUUUAUUUUAAUGUCUUGAGGGGAGAUUAGAGGAAGAGAAUAAGAUAUGAUGCGGUGAAACCUAUUUUCAUCUGCUACGUGCGAUUCUGUAAUAAAUGUAUAGAGAAGCCUUUUGGUUUCUUAACAUAUGGAUCGUUGGAUGUAUGAUGUAUCCAAUAUAUUUUUCUAAAAAUCAUCCAUUUAUCAUCAAUUUUGCAACUCCUUAAUCUAACUUAACAUAAAAAUGCAUCACUUCUUUUUAAAGAAUUAAUACGUAAGCAUAUAGAAUUAUAAUGUAAGCCAAACACUCUAAAAAUAGACUAAAAGAAAAAAGUUACUCUAUAUUUAGUGUAUUAGAAACUCCACUGCAAAAUUUACUGCAAAAUGAAGUGGAUUAUGUAGUUCUGAACAAGAAAAAAAUGCAUUAUUCCAUAUGCUCUUACUGUUCAGUUUUCUAUAUUUGGUGCAACAUAUAGCGCACAAUUGAAGUCACUUUUAUUCUAUAUUUUUUCGUUUAGAGGAAAAAAUAGAGUACCAUUAGAAAUAUUUUUAGUAGUUUUUUUCUUAUUGUAAUAAGUGGCCUGCCACAAUAAAGUAAACUCAGAAAAUUUGUAUAAAACUUAAUAUUUGCACCAAAAAGAAACAAUUUAGACUUUCAAAUUUGUUAAACUUCAAAAAAUAAGAAAAGAACAAUUUGGCUCGAGACUUUUGAUUUUUUUUAAACUUUUUUUUAUACUAACUUCUUCUUCUUUAUUCCUUCCCAGAAGGGGUACUGUUUUGAAUACAAGAAACUGAAGCAACUUAAUUAAACGACAACCACAAUGGAUGGCUAAAAUAUAAUAUAAGAAACACAUGUGAAGCUAUGAUCUGGCGAUCAUGAAUUCCAUGGAGCAGACUUUCGCUAUGAGUCAGAAAUGGCGAAACCAGAGAAGAAGGUAUGUUUCCCAAUGAGAUGAAGAAUGCUGCAAUCGCCGAGGCCUAGAAGAACCUCUUAUCCGAUCCAAUCCAAACAACUUUGCCUUAACAAGAACCUUGACCUCUUUGACCAGAAUAUGGGAUGGUUUACUAGGGCAGAGUGACAUGAGACGUGUCCUGUCGUCUUUUGAAGAGUCAACUAUGCUCAAAGGCUCGAGACUUAAGAACGACUUAUUGGUAGAGGCAACUUGGUACAUGGAAUCUAUCAGCAUUGAAUCUUCACUUGACUAUAAAAAAGUUGAGUCACCACUUUUGUUGCAUGUUCUUUUAUUCUUUCGAGUUGUUUGCUAAUCCGCAUCAAAUCAUUUUAUUUUAAUAUAGUCAUAAUUUCAUACGACUGCAUGCUUUGGAUGUUUAAAAAUUAUUAUAGUUCAGCAAAAGUAUACGAUCAUAUAGUAAUACUAAGGUUGAUAUGCCUAACAAUUGUUCAGCAAAAUUAUUUUAGCUGGUCAAGAGUUAUGGGCCUAACAUUUUCUGAAACUUUUAUUUUUGUCGUCUAUAACUCGCCCACUUUCUCAGAUUUGAACUGUGAAAUGACACAACAGUAACUUUAGUACAAACCAAAGCAAUAGGCUGUAACAUAAGCCUUUGUCUAAAUCUCCCCGGUUUUGGGAAGAAAGGACCUCUCAACAUAUUCCCUACUAUUAGACUAUGUAGAAGCAUCUCUAACCUCAAACAAAAGGCAAUGCACUGAUACAACUAACUCAGUGGUAAUGAAUCUAUUAAUUCAUUGAUCAUCAACAUAAUGGUGUGUAGUAAAGAAACCAAUGUAGGUCUCUGAAGAACCAUGUCCCCCUGAUUCAUCCCCAAA